CCGGCAACUGCCUUGUGGACGUUACCCUCUCCGCGUGCUGGUUUCCUUGGAGACCGAACCGGCCCGGGAGGCCCGGACAGGCAACGACGAGGCUGAGCUCCUGGAGAAGCCAAGAUGCCGCCGAAGAAAAAGGACAAACGGAAAGGGCAGGGCAAGGGCAAAGGCAAAGACAAAGACUCUAAGAAGAUGAUAAGACCAGAAGAUACUGUGGUGGAACAAGCCAAGGCCAAUGCCUCUCUUUGGGAGGCCAGAUUAGAAAUCACUGAACUCUCUAGGAUUGAGUAUCGUGAUACUUCUCGGAGACUGGCCAAAAGUAAUGAGGACUUAAAGAAACUGCAGUACAAAAUGGAAAAAGAUACCAUGUCCAUAUUAAGCUACCUGAAGAAGCAGGAUCAGGAAAAAGAUAAUAUGAUUGAAAAGCUAAAACAACAACUGGCUGAGACGAAAGAAAAAGCUCAAGAGGAGAAGGAAAAAUUAGAACAAAAGCAUACUACACAAAUAAAUGAGCUGGAGGGACAGUUCCAUCAAAAAGCCAUAGAAAUUGGCAUGAUUCAGACAGAGCUAAAAACAAUAAAACAAUUCCAGAAGAGAAAAGUUCAAGUGGAGAAAGAAUUAGAUGAUCUGAAGGAAAAUUUAAGAAAUACAGAGAAGAAACAUCAGGAGUCUCUUAGCAGAUUGGAGAGCAGAUUUUUUGAAGAAAAGCACCGACUAGAAAAAGAGGCUGAAAAGAAGAUAGUAAUGCUGGCAGAGAGAGCCCACCAUGAAGCUGUGACGCAAUUGAAUGCUGCUGGAAGAAAUGUUUUUAAAGAAAAUAUUUAUCUCCAGAAAGCUCUCACAUACCACCUGAAGGAAGCUGAUGCUCUACAAAAAAACUCUGAGAAGUUGCAAGAGAAUCAUACUUUCCUUUUACAUCAAAAGGAGAUCAAUGAUCUAUUGAUUAAGGAAAAGAUUUUGCAACUUACCCAGCAGAGAACACAAAUCCAAGUUCUUCGAAAGAAGGUGGUAAACUUGGAGAAGGCUUUGAGUUUUAUGACCAAAGAGUUUGAGACUGAAGUUUCAAAACUGCAGCAACAGGCAAUUAUAGAGAACCAAGCAGGUCGGGGGGAAAUUGACAAGCUGCAACACCUUCUUCAGCUGAAAGACAAGGAAAUGAAUCGUGUGAAGAAGCUGGCCAAGAACAUCCUGGAUGAGAGAACAGAAGUGGAAAGAUUCUUUUUAGAUGCUCUACACCAAGUGAAGCAACAGAUCUUACUCAGCAGAAAGCAUUAUAAGCAGAUAGCACAAGAUGCUUUCAAUGUAAAAAUGAGAAAGGCAUAUGCAGGAAAAACAGAAUAUCCUCUAAUCAGGACAUUUGAUGGCAGAGAACACAGCACCAAUAGUGUGAAUCAGGAUCUUAUGGAGGCUGAAAACUGGACAAGUACUGAAAGAAAUGUGGAUAUUGCAGAUUUGACCUGGGAGCAGAAGGAAAAAGUCUUGAGACUGCUCUUUGCAAAAAUGAAUGGUUUUGUUCCUAGGAAAUACAACCAGUGUUCUAGGACUUCAGUUCCAGAUUUCUUUGUUUCUGACAGUAGAGAAUUAAAAGGAUUUGGGGAUGAAAGUAAACUUCAAGAUCAAACCUUUAUCACCCAGCAAGUUGAAGUAUCAGACUCUAGUGAAAUGACAUCAUCCAAUACAAAAGGAUCUCAGGAGUCCAAGAAAGGGACUAUCUGAGAAAUACUUCAGAACAACAUGUGACCGCCCAGAAGCUGCUGGCAUGUCCUUCUCUGCAGAAUCCUUGUUUCUGAAUAUGUUUAAGAAAAUUUCUUAAAGGAAAAAAAUUUGAAUCAAAAGUUACCUGUUUGCCAUAGAAAUUGGUGUCUCCCCUGAAAGAUGAUCGAGAACCAGUGAAUGAGAACAUUGGCAAAGGCACUGGAAUAGGGACAUUCACUCCCACCUAAAAGCAGAACAAAUCUACAUCAAAUACUAAGCAAAGAACUCAAACUAUAGACUCUCUAUUUAGAAGCAUAAAAACAAAGAUGGAUUUAUUUUUCUUUUUUAAAAAAUCAAUUUAUAUUUUAUGGGUUUUUUUUGGGGGGGGAGUGGGUGGUAUUUAUUUUUUUGAGAGACCAUUUUAAAUUGCUAGCUUCCAUCCCAUUCUUCACUCUAUGAACUUUUAUUACUGAGGAAGAAAUGGAGCAUUGUGGAAGAUUAAAGGGACAACCUUUAUAGAAGCUGCAAUGACUGAUCAUUGUCUACUGUCUCCUCUUAGGAAUCCCUAAGAGCUGUGAGAAUCUACAAACCUGUCCAACAUCGACCAGGUGGGAAUAUUUCCGAGCAGUGGCUCCAUUGGUGGUGAAGAUGGCAGUUCCAUUUCCAUAAGGGUUGUCAUUUACGAUCUUGAUGGCUUCAUCUAAUGUUUCUGUUUCCAGAACCACAAGAACUGGACCAAAAAUCUCUUCUUUGUAACAGGUCAUAUUUGGCUGUCAGGAAUGACCAAUCCAGAAAAGAAGUGAGCUCUUUGGAUUCUAUGUAUUUUAUACUCAACCUGGUAAUUUUACUUAAUACCCACUAGUUUACGUAGACUUCUUUCAUGUUAGCAAUCUCUUUCCAUUUUUAAAUUACUUAUUAAAAACUCUGUUCCAUCUUCCAAACUAUCAACAUAUAGACAACCUGAAAUUCCUAUCAAUUACAACCACACUCUGUACUUUUAGUUCCCAUAACUCAUCACUAGCUUCCUUUGUAAUAGCUGUACAACUUGUUUCAUACAAUUGUUAUGUUACCAAAAAGUUACAUGAAAAUUUUUUUAUAAAUCAAAUAUAUAUAAAAUAUCAGAUUAUUUUGUUUACAGAAAGCCUGUGCUAAGUUCUCUGAAACAAAAACACUCCAUUCCCACUUAUCCUUUAUCUCCAAAAUUUAACUAUGUACAUUUAUAUUUUGAUAGUGUUAUACAUAAACACCUAAAACAACCUUCACCGCUACACCUAAUCAGCUGUGUUUAUUGUUGAUAAGUGGAUUUUUCUUCUAUCAUUCUGUGGUAAGAGACUUCAUAGUUUCUACUACACUUACAUUCAAUCCUUGGUUAUUUAGGAUUGUAAUGACAAUAUGUGAAUUUCAAAAAAGGUUCCUAACUUCAAAUUUAGUCAUGAAUGUCAACUGAGAGACUUUCAGAGUUUUGAUAAAUAAAAACUGACAAACCAC